UAUAUAUAUUCACCUCAAAACUCUUGCAAAAUUUUGAGCCUGAAAAUGAAAGCUCUGCGCGGGAGACACCGUUUGAGACAGUUGCCUUCCCUCAACGAACUAAAAACGAACCCAAACUCGUACCCCUCGAAGAAGAAAUUGACUCAGAUAAACCACAACUCCAAAAACUACGACAAACCCAGACCAGUUGGUGACUCCGACAUAAAGCAAUGGAAUAUGGCCAUCUCUAACCACAUGCGCAACUCCCAGAUGGACGCAGCUCUUCAUGUGUUUAGCUUGAUGCCGCGUCGAAGCUCGGUUUCUUACAAUGCCAUGAUAUCUGGUUAUUUGAUGAAUGGUAGGUUCGACCUCGCGAGGAACUUGUUUGAUGAAAUGCCUGAGAGAGAUCUGGUUUCUUGGAAUGUUAUGAUCAGUGGGUGUGUGAGGAACAAUAACCUUGCUGCUGCUAGGGAAUUGUUUGAGAAAAUGCCUGAGAGGGAUAUUGUUUCGUGGAACGCUAUGUUGUCUGGGUAUGCGCAGAAUGGUUGCAUUGAUGAGGCCAGAAAGAUUUUUGAUAGGAUGCCUUAUAAGAAUUCGAUAUCGUGGAAUGCUUUGCUUGCGACUUAUGUGCAGAAUGGAAGGAUGGGAGAGGCUUGUAGGCUGUUCGAAUCGAAGUCGGAUUGGAAUCUGGUUUCUUGGAAUUGUUUGAUGGGUGGGUUUGUGAAAAAGAAGAUGUUGGUGGAUGCUAAAAGGGUUUUCGAUAGGAUUCCUUUCAGAGAUAAAAUAUCUUGGAAUACUAUAGUUACAGGUUAUGCACAAAAUGGUGAGAUUGAAGAAGCUAGGAGAUUGUUUAAUGAGUCCCCCAUUCGAGAUGUGUUUACAUGGACAGCCAUGGUGUCUGGUUAUGUGCAAAAUGAACUGGUUGAUGAAGCAAGGGAAAUUUUCGAAGAAAUGCCACAAAAGAAUGCUGUUUCAUGGAAUGCAAUGAUUGCAGGGUAUGUGCAAUGUAAGAGAAUGGACAAGGCUAGGAAAUUGUUUGAGGAAAUGCCAUGUCGAGAUGUAACAACAUGGAAUACGAUGAUCACUGGGUAUGCUCAGACUGGUGAGAUAGCUUAUGCUAGGGACUUCUUUGAUCGAAUGCCUCGACGUGAUACUGUCUCAUGGGCAGCCAUGAUUGCCGGCUAUGCUCAAAGUGGUUAUAGUGAAGAGGCUCUAUUGCUUUUUGUAGAGAUGAAAAGAGAUGGAGAAAGGUUGAAUAGGGCUUCAUUUGCAUGUGCCUUGAGCACAUGUGCGCAUAUUGCUGCUUUAGAAUUGGGGAAGCAGUUGCAUGUGCGGCUAGUUAAGGCGGGAUAUGAAAAUGGGUCGUUUGUGGGAAAUGCCCUGCUUUUAAUGUACUGUAAGUGUGGAGGCAUAGAAGAAGCUUGCAGUGCAUUUGAAGAGAUAAUGGAGAAGGACAUUGUCUCGUGGAAUACAAUGAUUGCUGGUUAUGCAAGACAUGGAUUUGGCAUAGAGGCCCUGAAGUUUUUUGGGUCGAUGAAGGCAGCUGGUGUCAAACCAAAUGAUACCACUAUGGUUGGAGUACUGUCCGCUUGCAGUCAUGCUGGCUUAGUGGAUAGGGGCAUGGAAUAUUUCUACUCGAUGAGCCAAGAUUAUGGUAUAACAGCAAAUUCGCGGCACUAUACUUGCAUGGUUGAUCUUCUUGGGCGAGCCGGUCGAUUGGAUGAGGCCCAAAAGCUGAUCAGAAAUAUGCCCUUUGAACCAGAUGCAGCAACAUGGGGUGCUUUACUUGGUGCAAGCAGAAUUCAUGGCAAUACCAAAUUAGCUGAAACGGCUGCUGAGUUGAUUUUUGAAAUGGAACCUGAAAAUUCAGGGAUGUAUGUUCUUCUGUCAAAUUUAUAUGCGGCUUCCGGUAGGUGGGUUGAUGUUAGUAAGAUGAGAUUGAAAAUGAGGGAUACCGGUGUGAAGAAAGUACCAGGGUAUAGUUGGCUUGAGGUGCAGAACAAGAUCCAUACAUUCUCGGUCGGAGACUCAUGCCACCCGGAUAGGGAUAAGAUCUAUGCUUAUUUAGAAGAAUUGUAUCUUAAAAUGAAGCGGGAGGGCUAUGUCUCCUCUACAAAUUUGAUUUUACAUGACGUAAAUGAGGAAGAGAAGGAACAGAUGCUGAAGCAUCACAGUGAAAAAUUAGCUGUGGCGUAUGGCAUUCUCUCAAUACCUGCUAGUCGACCGAUCCGUGUGAUAAAAAACUUGCGUGUUUGUGAGGACUGCCACAAUGCCAUCAAAUACAUAUCAAAGAUUGCGGGCCGAUUGAUUAUCUUAAGGGAUUCAAACCGUUUUCACCAUUUCAAGGAGGGUUCAUGUUCCUGUGGGGAUUAUUGGUGAA